AGAGGGCAGGUCCCGAUCUACGGGAGCUCUCGCAGCGAUUCCGUGCCUGUUCCCACCCCUCAGGGAACCACGACGCCCGAAGACCAACCCAGUCCCGCCUCCCCCAACCAGGGGAGGCUGCACAGGCCGAAGUUCAAGCGGCGAACCCGCUCCCUAGUCUCGGCCGGCUCCCCCGUCCUCCCGCUGCGAAGAUGUCCGCCAAGCCCGACGCCGGCUUAGUGCGCGAGGCUUCAAGGCAGAUCUUGGCCGGUGGUUCAGCUGGUCUUAUAGAAAUUUGCCUGAUGCACCCCCUUGAUGUGGUGAAAACCAGGUUCCAGAUUCAGAGAAGUACAGCUGAUCCAAACAGUUAUAAAAGCUUGGGAGACAGCUUUCGAAUGAUUUUUCGAACAGAAGGGUUGUUUGGCUUUUACAAGGGAAUUCUGCCACCCAUCUUAGCAGAAACUCCCAAAAGAGCAGUAAAGUUUUUCACCUUUGAACAGUACAAGAAAUUGCUAGGAUAUGUGUCACUGUCACCAGGACUGACAUUUGCCAUUGCUGGACUCGGAUCUGGACUAACAGAAGCCAUCGUGGUUAACCCUUCUGAGGUGGUAAAAGUUGGCUUGCAAGCCAGUCGGGACACAUUCACAGAGCAACCAUCCACUUUGGCUUACGCACGACAAAUCAUUAAGAAGGAAGGUUUGGGACGGCGAGGCCUCAACAAAGGGUUGACAGCAACUUUGGGACGCCAUGGAGUUUUCAACAUGGUUUACUUUGGCUUCUACUUCAACGUCAAAAGCAUUGUUCCUGUCCAUAAGGAUCCAACUUUAGAGUUCUUGAGAAAAUUUGGGAUUGGUCUUCUCUCCGGGACAAUAGCCUCAGUCAUUAAUAUCCCUUUUGAUGUUGCCAAAAGUCGGAUUCAAGGGCCUCAGCCAGUUCCUGGAGAGAUCAAGUACAGAACCUGUUUUAAAACAAUGGCAACAGUCUAUCAGGAAGAAGGGAUUUUGGCUUUAUAUAAAGGCCUGCUUCCCAAGAUUAUGAGACUUGGACCAGGAGGUGCAGUGAUGCUGCUGGUUUACGAGUACACCUAUUCAUGGCUGAAGGAGAACUGGUGAUUGCCAGUGUCUUCCCUGGAGAUAACGGAUGCUGGGCAGCACCAUGAAGCGGAGACGCUGCUGAUCAGCUAAGUCAGGCGUACAGUUAUGAAGGGGAAACCAGCUUGGUCAAGCACAAAGCCUAUUUUGAUACUUUAGAUUUUAUCUUUAGGCAAUUUAGGUUGGUAGUUGGAGAUAUAUAAAUGAUGGAGAUACAGAGAUGAUAGAUGAAAGAUAGAUAAGAAAAAUAAUACAGAGCAAUGAAAUAUGUUGAGAAAAGAAAAAUAAUAUUAAAUAAUGAGGUAUAGAGCAAUAUAAGAUUUGUAAAAAAAAAAUGAAGCAAUGAAGUAUAUGAAUAAUAUUAAAAUAGUAGAUAAACCCCACGCAAGGACUGUAAACAUUAUGAACUGCAAACAUGUACAGAAAGAAAGGGGAUCAAGAGAUGGGGGAGGAAGGGAAGGAAAAGGGAUGAAAACAUGAAUUAAGAUGCAUUAUGUGCGUGUACCAACUUCCCACAGGGAAUGAAAACAUGUACUACACUCCUGUUCUGAUAAACUAGAAGAAUAAAAAAAUUAAUCAAUAAAAAAGCAAUAUAAUAUAUUCCUCUUAUACUGCCUCAUAAUGAAAAUUCAUUGUAAUGAUAAUUUUCAAAAGACCUACAGAUGUUUAAAUUCUUGAGAAUAAAUUAUCCUGUGGCUAAUUCCUUAAGAAUUAUUUGGAGAAAAAAGGGGCCUCCCCGAAAAGCCAAAAUUUAAACAUUUUUGUAAGGAAUUGCUUUUUUCCCUAAAUAAUAUUUAAAGAGCAGAAAAAAGUAUUUUAAAAUGUACUAAAGUGGCCUUUUAAGAAUGCUGAAUCAGGGCUAGGGAUUUAGCUCAGUGGUUCCGGUGCCUCCCUGGCAAGCACAAGGACCUCAGUUCAAUCCCUGGUGCCAAAAAAAAAAAAAAAAGAAUGCUGAAUCUUAUGAGUGCUAUGCUAAAAUGUAAAUCUGUCCAUUUUAUUUAGUAAUAAUAUAUAUCUCAGCUCCGUUUUCUUAAGUCCACUUUGCAUUUCGCAUGGUUAAAUGGGUAUUUUUAAAUCAUGAUAUCUGAAAUCUUUGAUUACAAAUAGCAUACAAGAAAUUAUAUUAAACAUUUUCCUUUACAUGGUUCACUUUGAAGACAGGUUUUAUUGCUGAGAUGUUUUCCUUUUAAGUCACAAAUUGGAAGCACUAUUUGAGCCCAUUUGUGCCCUCUGUAUUUGAAUCCAAAUACCUUUGUAUAAAUCUUUUACCCAUGUAGUUCUUAAGAAGAAUGUACAGGCUAAAAUUAUAUUUCCAAGUUCCUAGUUUUAAGUGACAGCUUCAGGUGUGAAAUAUACUGUCUACAAGAUUAAAAUGUGUAUGAUAAAAAUGUUUCAAAAUAAAAGAACAUUCUUAGCAUUUCCAAAGAUUCCUGUACUAACAUGCACUCUAAGAACUAGCUGUUUGGUCUUGAUAUAACCAAAGUCAGUUUUGUGUCUGCAUCCUGAAACAAUGCUACUUCAGUAGCUAAAGUCUACAAAAAAUAUCUGCAUGUUCUAGAGGACACAUGUUCUUGAUCAUUACUCUGGGAUAUUUUUACUGUUAGGCUAUUUUACUAAGACAUUUUGAAAAUAAAAA